AUGGGUACCAUUUUUAGAACCUGGCUCCAGUGCUACGGUGGUGUCUAUUCAGCACCGACAAAUACUCUAGUCAGGAGGCUUCCACCCUGCUCUGUACCUAAGGGCGACCCUGACAAGGCCUGGAUAGCUCAGUCGGUAGAGCAUCAGACUUUUAAUCUGAGGAGAAUAAAGGCCGCCCCCCCCCGCUCCACUUCUCCGGAACAGUUGGAGUUAUUACUGUUGGGAACUCUCUCGGGCAGUUUUCACGAGUUGGCCAUAAAGAAGACUACACCCGCCGACCCUGUAAAGUUGAACAUAACCAGGGAGGAGGAUGCUAAUGGUAAUGGGUCCUCGACUUCCACCACGUCGGGACGCUCGUCCUGGGGCGGCAUCGAUCAGGAGGACAAAGCCUUGUUAGCCCCGAGUGGCGAUUUUUUGCGGCAAUAA